AUGAAUCUGUUCAACGAAGAUGGGACGUGGCGGACGGAUACAUACAGUUAUAAAGGAGUCAACUUCCCAUGGUAUGUACCACUCUCAAGUCUGAAUGCCAUGGACAAGUUUGAAGUGAGAAAAGAUGAUGUAUGGAUUUGUACCUUUCAUAAAUCUGGUACAGCAUUGAUGAGUGAGAUUGUUUGGGAUAUAAUAUCAUGCAGCGGUGUUAUUAAUACGGAAGAACCACUGGAUAAAUGUUUAUAUCUCGAAAUACAUGUUCGGUUGUCCAAACCAAAUUAUGAAGUUCUAGCUAGCAUGCCUUCACCACGUAUCAUCGUGACCCACCUACCUCCUUCGUUUCUACCACCACAACUGUUUAUUGUGAGACCAAAGAUUAUCUACGUCGGCAGAAACCCAAAGGAUCUUGCUGUGUCUUUCCAUUACCAUUUAUCUGUUAUGCCCAUUAAUCAAAGUUAUACAACAUUCCAACAUUUCAUCAAUGACUUUAUGAGAGGGACAGUCAUACUAGGAGAUUGGCCAACCCAUGUUGCCUACUGGUGGAAGAAGAAAGACGAUGACAAUGUACUUUUUUUUAAAUAUGAAGACAUUGUAAAGGACUUAGAAGGAACAGUUAAAAUGGUAUGUACUUUUAUGGAGAAAACACUGACAUUGGAAAACCUUCGAGGAAUAGCCGAAAACUGCACGUUUGAGGCGAUGAAAAAGCGAAAGGUGCGAGAUUAUAUUUGUGAAUUUUAUAAAAUAGACCCACAUCUAUCACCAUUCGUCAGAAAAGGAAAAGUUGGUGGCUGGAAGCAACAUUUUACUGUUUCCCAAAACGAAGAAUUUAAUAAUUGGUAUGAAAAAGCGGUUCAAAGCACUGGAUUAUCAUUCGACUUUCUUCCAAACACUAGUCAAAAGUUUUAA